GUCCUCUGAGCUUCUGGAUUCCAACACAAACGUGGCCACAGCAGAUUUUCUUCACAAUCUUCAUAUAUCAACAUUUCUUCCUCCAUCCAGAGAAAAUCUUUGACAAAAUGUUUAACUCAGACAAUCAGUACACUAAGCUGCGAUGGAUAUUAACCAUCGCAGGACUCUUCUUUUACGUUGUGGACAUUUGGACGGACAUUGCACUUUCACUGAAAUACCUCUACGAGGAGCAUUAUGUGUGGAGUGGACUGACUGCAAUGUUUGUUCUGACUGGGAUAGUUGUGACGCAGAUCUUCAGCUUUGCCUGGUACAUGGACGACAUGAAUGAUAUCAUGUCAAACCCUGAGGGGAAAACUACAGUGUUUGGCAUGUCUAAAGGGGGACUUGCUGCUCUUCACGUAUUUGGCAUGGGCAUCUUCACCAGGUAUUAUCAGCUGCUGAAAAAGGGCUUCAGAGUGGUUUGGAGGAAAACUAAUUUAUACACAGUGGAAGAGGGGAGGGAAGAGCACCACAGACUGUUUUGCCUGGCGACUGAUCUGAGCAUGCUCAAACUGUUUGAGGCUUUUCUGGAGAGUGUUCCUCAACUUCUUCUGCAGCUCUUCAUAGUGCUGAGCGUGGAAGGGUGCUCAGUCAUGCAGUAUUUAUCCAUAGCAUUCUCCUUCUUCAACAUCGCCUGGGCCCUGGUGGAUUAUCGCCGCUGCCUGCGCAGGUCCCUUUCCCACAUGAAUGAGAUGCCCUCUGGUCUCCCCACAAUCAUCUACCUCCUGUAUAAACUCUGCACCAUCACCAGCCACAUCCUCAGCUUCACCCUCCUCCUCAUUCUAAGCCCCUUCAGCACAAUAGCCUUCACCGUCCUCUGGCUGCUGUGGACCAUCUGGGCACAUCUGCUUCAAACCAACUUCUGCUCCUCCAGAGGCCUCGAGCUUCUGUACCGAUCCGUCGUUGGAGUCAUCCUCACGUUCACCUUUUUCAACGUCAAAGGAAAGGACACCAAAGUGGCCAUGACACUUUACUACUUGUUCUAUUGUCUUGUCAACAUUUCAUCUCCUUUGCUGCUGGUGUUUUUGGGGCCAGAUUUUGAGGCGGCCACGUUCCUCCUGACGGUCAGUGGUUUGAUUUUUGGAGGUUUGGUGCUGGGGUUGGUGUGUCUUGGGCUUUACUACCUCCUCCUGCAUCCCAGGGAGAAGUGGCGAGAGGCCGACGAGGUGGAUGGUCUGGGAGGGGAAACCGAGACCACGAGGAGAAUAAGGAACUUCCUUCAGCCCUGAGGGAUGAUCAGUUAAAGCCUGGUCAUGAGGGUGUAGAGAAAGACUAUGUCACUAUUAUUGGACAAGAAAAAUAGUGCCUGUAAAGAAGGAUGUCACCUGGAUAUUGUGCUCUUACUGCUGCUAUUAGUCAUCUUAUCAUUUUCUGGGUUGAGAUUUCACUUUAAUUGUUGAUAAAAAUGUCUAACUUUGUAAUUUCGAGCCUCAUUGUUUAAUGUAUACCGUUUAUUUAUUCAUGUUUAAACAAACCUGUCAAUAAACUGCAAUGUUUAUUUUCA